AAACAUCAGACCCUACUACUUUCUUCAUCCAUUUAGCAUACAUAUCAAGAAAGAUUUAAAGCAGGGCAGGCAGAGGCGACCUGUUAGAACACAGAGUAUUAUUGGAAAAUGGGCAACAAGCUGGUGCUGAUUGGGUGGUUGAUGGCUGUGGCCACUCUGUUCGCGGGAUGCGCUGCCGAUACGUACACCGUGGGAGAUAAUCUGGGAUGGACUAUUCCUCCGCUGGGGGACGUCGCCUACAGAACCUGGGCCGCCAAGGAAGACUUUGACCUCGGAGACAACAUAAUAUUUAGAUGGAGUGGAACACACGAUGUAGUUCAAGUGACAAAGGAGGGGUACGACAACUGCACUGCAACAAAUACCACUGCUCUAACUCCAAUCCAAACCACUAGUCCUUACACCUUCACUCUCAACUCCACUGCUCCUCACUACUUCAUUUGCACCAUCGAAAACCACUGCCGUCUCGGCCAGAAGGUCACCAUACAAACCGAAGCAUCGGCUGCCGCCCCUGUACUCAAAACUGGUGCCUUGUCCGCUCUUCUCCUAGCCCUGGCUGCCUUCAUCUCUCUGUAGAAUUACUCUUAGUAUAAUGGAUUUUCUAUUAUUGUUUUGAUCGCUUGUUUGUCACAUUUGUUUGAAAUCUUCAACUUCCUCCUGAUAAGCGCUUAGAUGUCUUGUCUUGUAGGUAUUUCCUUGUAUUGUAAAUAAUACAAUCCUACGCUAUAAAUAGGAUUGAUUUUUCUCAUGUAAACUUAUUGGAACCAAUAAAUUAAUAAUUACUUAUAUA